AUGUUCCUCGACGGCCAUUUGGCCGCUCUUUCCCUCGAGGAGAAGUCCGCGACAACACACAGUGUACGUGUGCCCGACGAUGACUCCCCAGCGGUGUCUCCCUCUCUGGCAUGCAUCUAUCGCCAUACUCCGAUUCCCACUAUCGUCCUCGAUUCAUCUAUGACCAUCGUCGAGGUCUCUGAUAGUCAUCUCGCUUUAUCCGGCAAGACGCGCCAGUCCAUGCUGCAUGCGACCGUUCGUGAUCUCGACCCUACUGCCGUACCCGCCCCUAAUAUCGCUAUCCUCUGUGGCGCAUUGCGUGCAGCCUGCUCGACGAAGGAAAUCCAGGUAGUCGAGAGAAUUGUGUCUAGCGAUAAAUCUUUGUACAACCUCCGAGUUACUCCGAUUUACAACGACUUUACCCUGCUUUACAUUGUGUUGGAGGCGCACAAGCUAUCGGUGGAGACCGCCAGCAUUAACCAUGCCUAUACAAACGAAACCUACAAGAUCCUCGUGGAUACUGUCAAAGAGUACGCCAUUUUCAUGCUGGAUACACAGGGCAAUAUCACCACCUGGAACCCGGGCGCUGCCAUUAUGAAGGGAUGGCCAGCAGAGGAGAUCCUUGGCAGACAUUUCUCUGUCUUUUACAGCCCGGAGGAUCGCCUGGCAGGAAAACCUCUAAGAGGUCUUGCUGUGUGCUUGCGAGAAGGCCGUAUGGAGGAUGAGGGGUGGAGGUAUCGGCGCGAUGGCUCGCGGUUUUGGGCCAACGUACUUAUCACCCCCAUCUACCAGUUUGGACAGCAUGUUGGUUUUGUCAAAGUGACCCGAGAUCUCAGCGAGCGCAAAGAAGCAGAGGCGCGCAUAAUUGCUGCUUUCGAAGAGUCAUCACGCCUCAAAACAGACUUUCUCGCUAACAUUAGCCAUGAAAUUCGAACUCCGAUGAAUGGGAUGAAAAUUGCCAUGACUAUGCUGGCCGACACAGGUUUGUCUGCGACACAGCGUGAACAUGCCGCAAUCAUCCAAGACUCUAUGUCACUCUUACUUGAGACUGUGAACGACGUUCUCGACUACUCGAAACUAUCAUCUGGCUCUUUCUCGCUACAUUCUGACGUCGUGGAUGUCAACGAUGUGGUCGGAGCGGUCAUACGAAAUUGUCGCCCCUCAUUGAAGAGCGGCGUGGAACUGACUACGGACAUUGCACCUGACUUUCCCAGAAAUCUUCGAGGGGAUCCCCUACGAUAUCGCCAGAUCUUGCAGAAUUUAGUCGGCAAUGCCGUCAAGUUUACCGAGAGCGGUCAUAUUCGGGUCUCCACAGUGUGUUCUCCGGAUGAACAAGAGGAGGGCUGUUGCCUAGUGCGUACAGAGGUCACAGACACCGGCAUUGGCGUUCCUGACAAUGCAUUGAAUACCCUAUUCACCCCGUUCACACGCUUUGCCAACUCGAGCACUCGACAAUACCAGGGGACUGGAUUAGGCCUUUCCAUUUGCAAAAGCCUGGCCGAACUCAUGGACGGAGAAGUGGGAUAUUCGCCAAAUCCCGAAGGCCGAGGCAGUGUCUUCUGGUUUACUGCCAAAUUAGGAGAACGAUCCAUUACUACGUCGCUAAAGCCCCGCAGUCCUGUAUUAACACCCGUGGGUGAUGAUCUCUGCGAUAAAAUGCGGGCCAUUGCACCCCACAAACAUGUCUUGUUGGUUGAGGACAACAUGGUCAACCAUACCAUGAUGCUGAAACUUCUUCGCAGCAUCGGCUUCACGCGAGUGGAUGGGGCCUGGAAUGGUGCUGAGGCACUUUCCAAGAUAAAGAAGAAGCCGUUAUCGUACAACGUCGUUUUGAUGGAUGUCUCCAUGCCCAUCAUGGACGGCCUUGUCGCCACCGGGCAUAUCCGCGACAUGGGCCUACAAAUGCCGAUUAUCGCAGUCACGGGUAAUGCUAUGCAGGGCGAUGCCGAAAGCUACAUUGCCAAGGGCAUGAGCGAUUGCAUCGGUAAACCGGUUCACCGAGAUCAACUACUGAGUGUUUUAUGGAAGUGGAUUGGAUCAUGA